CCGGAGAAGCGGGAACGAUCGCCAAGCUUUAUUUCGGAAUUGCCAAGCGCAACUCCCGAGAUUGCCAAGUCGUGGCUCCGAACUGCCAAGAUGCGGAAUAGUCUGCCCUCGCUGUGUUGCAUCCUCAGGGGUCACGGCCCGAGAAGCGAUCCAUUGCCGGAUCUGAGCCGGACUUGCCUGUGUCUAACACAUCCAUGAUGGUCAUGAUGGGUCCCAGGAAACUCAUAAAUAACUUGACCAUGAUUUCUUCUCUCGUCCGCGAGCAGGUAGAGGCUUGCCUACCAGCACCACUGUCCACCGUCUCUGAGGCACGUCCUACUCUCCAACAUGGCGCAGAAGACUCUACAACGGCUGGCCACCUCGGCGCUGGCGGUCUUGCCCUUGGUCAAUGGUCAGCAGCCUGGCACUCUGACGCCCGAGGCGCACCCGCAACUCCCAACCUGGAAGUGCACGACCAGCGGCGGCUGUGUGCAGCAGGACACGUCUGUGGUCCUUGACUGGAACUACCGCUGGAUUCACACGGCCACCGGCUACGACUCAUGCACCACCAACAGCGGCAUCAACUCGACUCUCUGCCCUGACGAGGCGACCUGCGCCAAGAACUGCGUCAUCGAGGGAACCGACUACGCCAGCAGCGGCAUCUCGACGUCCGGCAGCGCUCUGACCAUGAGGCAGUACGUGAACGGGACCAACGGGCUCAACAGCGUGUCUCCGCGCGCCUACCUUCUCGGACCGGACGGCAACUACGUCAUGCUCAAGCUCCUCGGCCAGGAGCUGAGCUUUGACGUCGAUCUCUCCACUCUCCCCUGCGGCGAGAACGGCGCCCUGUACCUGUCCGAGAUGGACGCCUCGGGCGGCAGGAACCAGUACAACACUGGAGGCGCCAACUACGGCUCGGGCUACUGCGACGCCCAGUGCCCCGUCAUGACGUGGAAAAACGGGACGCUGAACACGGACGGAUCUGGCUACUGCUGCAACGAGAUGGACAUCCUCGAGGCCAACUCCCGCGCCAACGCCUUCACCCCGCACCCCUGCACCGCCACUGACUGCGACAAGAGCGGCUGCGGCUUCAACCCUUACGCCCAGGGAUACAAGUCCUACUACGGCCCGGGCGGGACCCUCGACACAUCCAAGCCCUUCACCGUCAUCACGCGCUUCAUCACCAACGACGGCACAACCUCGGGCAGCCUGAGCCAGAUCCAGCGCCUUUACGUGCAGGGCGGCAAGACGAUCGCCAGCGCGGUGCAGGGCGGCGACAUCAUCACCGCCUCGGCUUGCUCGUCGGCGUCAGCCUACGGCGGGCUCGCCGCCAUGGGCCGGGCGCUGGGCCGCGGCAUGGUGCUGGUGUUCAGCAUCUGGAACGAUGCCAGUGGUUACAUGAAUUGGCUCGACAGCGGCAGCAACGGGCCCUGCAGCGCCACCGAGGGCAACCCGGCCAACAUCCAGGCCAACUACCCAGGCACGCACGUCGUGUUCUCGAAUAUCCGCUGGGGAGACAUUGGCGCUACCGUCAAGCUUUCCGGUGGUGGUUCCAGCUCGAGUUCAAGUUCUACCAUGAGGACAACCACCACCGCAACAACGAGUACUCGGUCUACUAGCACUCCCAUCACUACUACCACUCCAUCCGGGGCUACCCAGACACAUUGGGGACAGUGCGGCGGUCAGGGGUACUCUGGCCCGACCGUCUGUGCGCCGCCGUAUGCCUGCAAGACGCAGAACCCCUGGUACGCCCAGUGUCUUUGAGCGCCGGGGCCGUGGGUCCAAGGUGCCGGCCUUAUGAUGGCUCAGGGGGUAAGGGGUCUGAGUCCGCCAAGGUCAAAGCCGAUCCCGAGCAGCAUACGUGCAGUAUAUGAUGAGUAGUAAGGAAUGUACAUAGCAG